AUGGCCAGCCACUCCUUCCACUCCCACUCCCUCCGCCACCAUCCCCACCACCGCCUCCGCCGCCGCCACUCCAUCGACUGCCCUCCCUCAGCCUCCUCCUCCUCCCCCCGCUUCCUCAAACGCACCGUCACAGCCACAGCCGCCCCUCUCUCCCAAUCCUCCUCCGGCGGCGCCGCUUUCUCCCUCUCCCCCUCCUCCAACUCCUCCACCGCCGCGCCGCCCUCCGCUGCGGACUCCAUCUCCCUCGACCUCCUCCACCGUCAUCUCUCCUCCGGCAACUUCCGCCAAGCCGACGAGGAAACCCGACGCCUCCUCAUCGCCCUCGCCGGCGAGGCGGCCCAGAAGCGAGGCUACGUCUUCUUCUCCGAGGUGCAGUUCAUCCCGGAAGCCGAAAUCAAGGCCAUCGACGAGCUCUGGAAGCAGCACAGUGACGGCCGGUUCGGGUACAGCGUCCAGAAGAAAAUAUGGAAGAAGGCGAAAAAGGACUUCACCGCCUUCUUCCUCAAAGUGGGCUGGAUGAAGAAGCUCGACACCGAGGUCGAGCAGUACAAUUACAGGUCCUUCCCGACCGAGUUCAUCUGGGAGCUCACUGACCAGACCCCAGAGGGCCACCUGCCAUUGACGAAUGCUCUCCGAGGAACCCAGCUUCUGAACAGCAUUCUGAGCCACCCAGCUUUCGAUGAUGAUGAUAAUGAUGACGAUGAAGAUGACGGAGAUGGAUUGAGCCAGGGUUUGAGGGGGGGCUCCAAGGCUUUGAGCAAGGGCGGGUUCAAGCCAGACUACAGCUUUUGAUCAGUGGUUUGUGAAGAAUUGGGUUAAUUUUGUACUGAUUUACAGUCUUAAGAAUUGGAAAAUGAUUCCCUGAUUUUUCCCAUAAAA